ACACACACACACACACGCACGCACCUUUGUGUCCCUUCUUCUGCCCCUUCCUCGCCCCCUCCAUCGCCUCUCGUCAUGACACAAGACCCCGCCAUUAGCGCCGAGUAUCUGGCCACCACGCCACUGCCCUCGACCACCUGGGGCCCGGUCGAUAUCCAUGCCCCGGGUGCGGUGGCCGAGCUGCACCGCCGCAUCGCCGAGACGCAGGAGGCCCUGCGCGUGCGCGUCGAGCUCCUCCUCUCGCUGAAUGUCGGCCGGGACGAUUCGCUUCUGGACGCCGAGGGCUACCCCCGUUCGGACAUCUGCGUUCACACCGUUCGCCUAGCCCGGAGCCAAGCUGACAUGCUCCACAAUGACCUGCAUCAGCUCACGCACCAGGCCCAGCAGGCUGUGGAGGCGGCCUUCUCCCGGCCGGCUGAAGAGCGCGGCGACCUGGCCGGCUGGUCUUCCACCGCGGGAAGCACACCCGGCAGUACUGCUGGCGCCCAACGCCCGAGCUCUUCAUCGCCGGCCGGUGGCUCGGCAUCCAACGUCGGCCAGCGUCUCAGUGCCCCGGUGGGCGGUCUUCCAGCCACUGCGCCGACCGAUGUGCUCGAUGGCGCCUUUGCCACGGUCAACGUGGUGAUCCCGCACUCGCCGGCCCACGAGGCGGUGCGUCAAGUCGACUCGCGCUCAGCUUGUGCCUGCAUCUGCCCUCCCCCCCCCCUUCUGAUCAUUGUCCCCGCUGUCCUUGUCUCUGUCGGUUUUGUCCUCGUCGCUGCGGCUCGCACGCGCGCGCGCGCGCGCACGCACAAAUAUCCAGGGCCUUCGAGAGGGGGAUGUGCUCUAUCGCUGGCAGGCAGAGGAUCAGCUCCCCGCCUUUUCAUCCAGCGAGGAUCGCGAGCACAACUACCACACGUUCGGUAGAGUUGUCAUGUCAACUGCCACACACGCCCACUCCAUGAGUCUCGGCAUCUUCCGGCCAUCCACCCAGUCUACCCUGGAGCUGGUCUUGCGGCCGCGGCGCACCGGCACCUCGCCAGGCGUCCUGGGUUGCAUGUUGGUCAAGAUUGAGGAGUAAUUUCGAACAUGUGCCAAUAGACCAAUGACCCACA